AUGCUGGGAGCCCCGGUGGGGCUGGCGGGACGCUCUGGCCCGUUGGCGGACUCUCGUCUCUCCUCCCCGCGCUCGGCGCCGCCUCGGAGGCGCGGCCGUUCUUCCCGCCCGCCAGGGGGCACCCGCGGGCGGCAGCGGCGCUCUGGGAAGAGGAAGAAAGGCGGUCUCUUGCUAGAGGCAGAUGAGAAAGAGGAAGAAAAGGCCCAGCAGAAUGGAGAGGAGCAGAAAGAGGAGGAAGCAGAUAAUGUAGAGCAAGUCGAAAGAAGCAGAGAAGAAGAAGAAAAAAAGAAAGAGGAUGCUCUUUGGGCCAGUUUCCUCAGUGAUGUAGGGCAGAAGCCCAAAGCUGUGGCUGCCACACAAGGGACACAAAUCAAGAAGACUGAAGAAAAGAACAGUGGGAAUAAGCCUCAGGAGAAGCCAAAAGAUUCAGGAAAAGUGACAAUCACCAAAACGUUCGAUUUUGCUGGUGAGGAAAUCAAGGUGACUAAAGAAGUAGACUCAAACUCAAAAGAAGCUAAAUCUUUUCUGAAGCAGCAAGAGAAACUGCAGUCAGCAGCUCCAGCUUCCUUGCCAACAGUCUCGGGGGUGAAGAGGCCAAGCGGCAUGAGUAGCCUCCUGGGGAAGAUCGGUGCCAAAAAGCAGAAGAUGAGCACACUGGAGAAAUCUAAACUGGACUGGGAGAACUUCAAGGAGGAGGAGGGGAUUGUGGAGGAGCUGGCAAUCCAUAACAGAGGGAAAGAUGGGUACAUCGAGAGGAAAGCAUUCCUGGAGCGCGUGGAUCACAGGCAGUUCGAAAUCGAACGCGACAUCAGACUGAGCAGGAUGAAGCCCUGACGUGCUGGGGGUGGCCGUGGGGGAUUUUGCUCCCUUCUGUGCCCCAGGGCUGGCUGGGGCUGCCAGCCACCACCACCAAGCACAGAAACUGUUCUCUACCCAAGACUCAGCCUGUAUGUCUCAACGUACAGGGUUUUCCUUUUACUGUAAUAGUUUGGGGAGGGUAUUUGUCAGUGGACAGGAGGCGCUUUGAGGGUUAAAUGGCCCAGCAGCUGAUAGAAGACACUGGUGUAAUUCUGGCAACAACUUUCCAAGGAGAAGAGGUGGUGGCACCCGUCCUUUACCAAUCCCAGGUGCUUCUGGCAGCAGGAGGAGCUGCCAAGGCUGGGAGAGUACUGGCAUGUUUGGUGGUGAGAGUGGAGCUGCAGGAAGGUUUCAUGGCUGCUGUGCAUAUUCAAGCUGUGGGCUGGAGCCCUUCUGCCUGCUCUGCCAGCCCUGCAGCACUCCCUGCCCCUCCGCCCUCUGCUCCUGUCCAGACAAAGCCAAACUGUCUGUACUUGUUCGUGGGGUCUGAUGAUGCUGGGGGGGGUUAAGCAAGCUGGUGAAGAAAUCCUUCCUUGUUCAUGCUGUCAAGAAGAUGGGAGCAGCUGCAGCAGGCAGGAAGGGCCAGGAUCUGAGUGUUCACGUGAAUAAAGUAUUCCAUCCCAACA